AUGCUGGAAGCCCUAAUUUUGUGUAAACGAGAGGGAAAGCAACUACUUAAUCUAGAACUGAAAUCUGACACUGAAGCUACGAAGAUAUUCAGUCUGGUUUCAGAAUGGAUUACAACCAACGAGUUAAAUGAGAAAAUUACUGCUGUUUGGGUUGGAAAUAAUGACCUUUUCUCUCCAAUUGGUUUCAUUCAAUGGGAAUGGGGAGACCAGACUAAGGAAAAGGGUCACUAUGAAGUAGCUAUAACGUUGUACGAAACUUUGCUAGGUGAAUUACCACGAUGGGUUAUAUGCUCUGAUGGGGAGGAAACUGGGGUUGAUGAAAAUAUUUUCCAAGAGAAAGUAUCAAAUAAUUUUGUCCUGCCAUCAAAUGAAAACCAAUCUUUAGUGAACGCAUUUUUACCAACUGAAGCAAGUACAACGCCGAUAACUGCUUCCGGUCCAGCUACAACUGUGAACACAUUUUCAACGUCAACUCCGAUUCCUCCUAUACAACAGAUCAAUUUUACGACAACCAUACCCCCAAUUGUUCUUACAACUACUGUUAUUCCUACAACUACUGGUACCCCUACAACUACAACUACUGGUGCCCCUACAACUACUGGUGCCCCUACAACUACUGGUACCCCUACAACUACUGGUACUCCUACAACUACUGCUACUACAACAACGGAAAAGCCACCUACAACUUCAAAAAUACCAAAGCUGACCCCUAAGCCAGGACAUUUCGGAAGGUCAUUUGAGAAAGGAAUCUCCAUAACAACGACGCAUAGCCCGAAUUCAGAAACUUCUACUGUCGCACCGGUGGUGAAGAUCCCAACAACGCUACUGACGACAGUUAAACCGGCGAUAAAGGCAAAAUCAGCAGUGACCACCACGGCAAAACCUGCAACAUCAACGCCGCAUCCCACGACAACAGUAAAACCAGCACCACAUUUUUCAACAACGACAAAACCAAAAACGACAAUUAAACCAACUACGACGCCAAAACCAGUGACACCGUCUUCAAAACCCACUAUAAAACCUGCAACCACAACAAAACCUACGUCUAAAAUCGUCAAGCAUAUUCGCCAAGCAAAUCAAAUUUUUUUCUGAUGCAUUGACAAUUAAGUACUUAAAGCAGCGUGGCGUAAUAA